CACUUUCCGGCCCCCAAACACCGACCCUUUAAUAAAAUUUUCCCGGAAAGAUUUUCCCGUUCCAUUCUUCUAAAAUUUGUUCAUUUCUAUAAUCUGAAUACACCCUCUUUCUUUUUCCCCUCUGAUUUUACAUUACAUCUACAGAAUGGAAACAGUCAGACCCAAAUCAGCUCACCGGAGCACCAGCAACGGCAAGAGCAGACUCUCCAGAACUUUCCACAAAGUCAUCAACUUGAGAACUGCAACUAAAAUUUCUUCCACCAAUGGAAUGGGAAUUUGUGUGCUUACUUCGCAGAACAAGUCCCAGCAGGAAGAAGAUGAAGCAACCGGAGACCAGAAACAUGGCGUCUCCAGGUUCAAGCAAAAGGCCGUCAUGGAAGCACUGUUGGCUAAGCUAUUCGCCGGGGUCACGACGAUUAAAGCCGCUUACGCCGAGCUUCAAAUGGCCCAACAUCCCUACAACAGCGACGCCAUUCAUGCAGCAGACCAAGCGGUGGUUGAGGAACUGAGAACCCUGUCGGAGCUGAAAAGGAAAUUCCUGAAGAAAGAACUAAAUCUUUCGCCGCAGGUUACGCUGAUGCUGGCUGAGAUUCAGGAGCAACAGAGCUUGAUCCGGACCUUCGAGAUCACGGUCAAGAAACUGGAGUCGGAAACAGAAGUGAAAAAUUCCAGCAUUGAUUCGCUGAAGAAGCAGCUUGAGGAAUCUAGAGCGGUUAAUAAAUCCCUGGAGAAGAGAUUAAAUGCGUCCGGGCCGUUGUCGAUGUUUGACAAUGUACAGCUUCGGAUGCUGAAUCCAACCCAUUUUGUUCAAUUUUUGCAUUGUGUCCUAAGAUCUGUUCGUAGUUUCGUGAAGAUGAUGAUUCGGGAGAUGGAAGUGGCGCAGUGGGAUCUCGAUGCGGCAGCGAAAAUCAUCGAACCUGAGACGAGAUUCCCUGUCCAGAGUCAUCGGUGUUUCGUAUUUGAAUCUUUCGUGUACAAAACUAUGCUGGAAGGAUUCAACUCCCCUGAUUUUUCCCUCACCGGAGAUUCUAAAUCCCACAAGUACCGGGGCGUGCAAUAUUUCGACGAAUUCAGGAAUCUGAAAUCGGCAAACCCGAAACACUUAGUAGCUCAAAACCCACAAUCUUCCUUCUCUAAAUUUAUCCGGAGCAAGUUCCUUAGCCUCGUUCACGCCAAGAUGGAGUGCUCGCUUUUCGGAAACUUAAACCAGAGGAAGCUACUGAUCUCCGGUGGGUUCCCGGAGACUGCUUUCUUCAUGGGGUUCGCAGAAAUGGCGAAGCGGGUCUGGCUCUUGCACCGAAUGGCAUUCUCAUUGCACGAAGAAGUUUCGAUUUUUCAGGUGAAGAAAGGCUGUAGAUUCUCCGAGGUCUAUAUGGAGAAUGUGGCCGACGAUUCACUAUUUUCCACUGAAAUCGGUGAUGCAAACGUCGACAUUCGAGUGAGUUUUACCGUGGUGCCGGGGUUCAAGAUCGGUCAAACUGUUAUACAGAGUCUAGUGUAUUCCUCGCCGGCGAUCCAUCCUCCGAAUCCAGAUGUUAGAUGAAGUUCACUUGCGUAGUAGGAUACGCGCCGCCGCUUAAGGGCGGAACCUGAUGCUCUUCUCUUCCGGGGUCAGGCUUUUUUACUUGAAGAAAGGCCGGAUUGUGAUUGGGAAUGCAGGUAGCUUAGCUCCCAUAAGGCGGCGCGUGGGUUCGUGCAUGUGGUCAACAGAGUAAGCAACCACAUUUAGACCAAACAGUCGGAGCAACCAAGGUAAUGGGGAGCAGGAUUAAGAUAUACUUCAACAUGUGGAAGUAUAACUAGAGUAUGCAAUUAUACUGUGUUUAAGUUUUACAUGAAUUAUUAUCUAGGGAUUUCUAAAUCCAACUAUUGAAAUGUUGGUUUCAAUUUUAACAAUGUAUAAGUUGAAUGGUUGGAUUUAGAAAUCAACAACGAAAUAAUUUAUGUAAAACUUGUAUGUGUAUGCAAAUCGUGAUCAUGUAUUAUGUAAGUACCCAAGAAAAUUUAAUUUAAUGC